AUGUCCGUCAGACGUACACGUCGCCGUCAGAAAGGCUAUGCCAUUGAGCCAGAAGAUGACGAUGCCGUUGAGACUUUACUGGAUCUAGUGCCAGGGCCAACUCUGCCCGCGGUUCCCAUUGCAAAUUCAUGGAAUUAUGGCGCUACAUCAGGCACAGGCCUCCCUCGAAAGAUGGCUUUGCAGCCUGCUAUGGAUGCUAGUCGAAUGGCUAAGAGAAUUAACGCUGGUCUUGAUAUGGCACAGACACGAUCCGCCAGCCCUCCUUCUGGGAGGAUCGGACCAGGCAUCACUGAGCGCCCCAAGACUCGUGCACGACGAACUACUGCCAAGAACUUUGCUCCAACUCCCCGACAGUCCAAACGGGAGCCGACCCCGGAUCAGAAUCAGCUUAUGCAGUCGCUGCGCGAUGCAACGCCGGCCGGAGAUGAUAAUACCCAGCGGUCUGAUGCUACGCCGCCACCCCCUGUCCCUCAACCAGUAUCCACAGACUCCAGUCCCGAUGCUGAGCCGCCUCUACCCCGCCACCUGUCAGUAAUGUCAAACGAGCCAAUCUAUCCCUCGCCGCUGCAGCGACCUGGAGAUCACAAUAAUGAUGAUGUUGUGCAGAGCACACCGGAUCGUCACAGCUCGGUUGACAAUGCCUCUGAGGUGUCUUGGAAUCUAGAGCGUGAUAUCCAUGAAGACGACUUGCAACGAACGAGACCAAGCAAAUAUCGCGGGGAACCCCACGGUCAAAAUAUCACCAAGCCUCCCCGACGCCCUUCAGGCCUAGCCAUUGUCCAGGAGACGAUUGAGGAGGAGGAGGAGGAGGAGGAGGAGGAGGAGGAAGCAGAAGAAGAGCCAAUUCCGGAACUGGCAAAAGAGACCGCACCAGUACUCGAGGCUGCUUCUGCGCAGGCUUCACAGUCGUGGACCGCGCCGGCGCGGACCAUCAUCCCGCAGUUCUUUCGCUCUAGGGACGUCUCAACGAGUCCUACUCCCUCAGCCUCCUCCGGGAAGGAUCUAGUUCAACGGCGGUCACCAUCUAAGUCAUCAACGCGAGGUAUGCGCGGCAUCAAAAAAGACAACUGGAUUCGAGCAACUGUUGCCCUACUCAUGUCACUGGGCCUUGUCUUUGCUUUCCUGUUCCGGCAUGAGAUCCUCCAGAGCGACAUCGUUGAGAGGAUCCGCUGGUCCUUCCAAUUCAACGAUUCUUCAAUGGACUUCUCAUCUAAUAUGACCGACUCUGCAGCCUUCAACAGCCUUCGAAGCCAGUUGAACAAGGUGAACUCGCAAGUGUCAUCCAUGUCGCGCGAACUGAUCUCGAUACGCUCCGACUAUAGCAACCUUCCACGCCCUACCUACAUCGCAGAUCCCGGCGUGAUUCCCGGCGUGGUUGCUAAGCCGGUCCACAAAGUUAAUUUUCUGUCGCCGGGAAUGGGGGCUCUUGUUGACCCUCGGCCACACAACACUGCCCCAACUGCCGGCCGCAAGCAGUCGUGGUACAAGCGUCCCUUCGUUGCCAUGUUUGGCCGCAAGGCUGGUGUGCGGGCCCCCUUGGGCCCCAUGGCUGCUCUGACGCCCUGGCAAGACGUCGGGGACUGCUGGUGCAGCACCCCUCGCAACGGCGUCUCCCAGCUCUCCGUGCUUCUGCAGUACCCCAUCGUCCCAGAAGAGCUUGUCGUUGAACAUAUCCCCCUCGGCGCGACUCUUGACCCUUGGGCCGCCCCCAAGGAUAUCGAAAUCUGGGCUCAUUUUGGGAUUUUCCCCACCGAUGCGGACUUGAAAGUGCCCAGCUAUUGGAAAGUCUUCCUCCCCUGGAAUUCCAUUCCACCAGCACCGUCAAUCCCACCCCGACUCCGGCCCGUGGCCCAAGGUGGACUGACACCCCACACCAACAAGGAGGACCACCUCUACCCGGUGACCGAGAAGACCCUUCACGAAGUGGUGAUGGAGACCCUGCGCAGAGCCAACCGUGGCGAGCGCGAGAGCGAGUACUCGGAUGAUCCCAAUCUUGGCUAUCAUUUCUACCGUAUCGGCCAGAUGAGAUACGUCGUCGGCGACGAAAAUCAUAUACAGUCUUUCUCGCUCACCGGCACCAUGGACAUCCCGAAUCUUCGCGUGGAUCGGGUGGUGUUCCGGAUGAAGUCGAAUUGGGGCUCAAAUCAUACCUGCAUCUACCGUCUCAAGCUGCAUGGGCAUCGUUGA